AUGGACAAUCACGAAGUAGAGCGUACUAAAGUGUCUCGUGUUGGCAGGGAGAAUCAGGUCUAUUCAGCCAAGACGGGUGCUCGAGUAGUGGCUGGUUGUGUAUGUCUCUCUAAGGACAAGAGACAUGUGUUGAUGAUUUCGUCUUCAGCUCAUAAAGACCGUUGGAUCUUUCCCAAAGGUGGUGUUGAAAAGGAUGAACCAGAUUAUAAACUGACUGCUCAGCGAGAAACAUGGGAGGAGGCUGGCUGCGUCGGAAACAUUGUUAACAGUUUGGGCACCAUUGAGGACAUGAGGCCGCCAAAGGAAUGGAACAAAGAUAUUAGCAGCUUUAGUAAGAGCCAGGAUGAAGUGAUAUCACAUCCUCCACGGUCAGAGUUUCAUUUCUACGAGAUGGAAGUGACAGAAUUACCUGAAAAGUACCCUGAAUCAAACAAGAGAGGUAGAAAGUGGUUCAACUAUGUCGAUGCAAAGCAGCAACUACUGCUGGCCAAGAGGCCAGAAUUGCUAGAGGCUUUAAACAAAUCCAGUAUUGUUAAGGAUAUAUGA